CGCAAUGAACGGGCGAAAUCGAAACACUCCCCCAGUCCCGAGGUGUUGCACUACGACAUGGAGCCGACGGCAUGAGAGAGCUGAAGAAGAGCCACCGCUUUGUGCUGGCCACCCUGCCGGACUCCCACAAGAUUCCCGUGCUCCGGCAGUGGAUCAAGCGGCGUUACGGCAAGGUCUACUCUUGGCGCGAGCUGCAGGACAACCUCAACGAAUCGUUGGAGGUCUUCGAGAUGGUCUCGAGGCUGCAGAGCCAUCCUCCCAGGCCGGACAAAAUGGGCUUAACCACUAUGCCCGAAUCUAGGCAGAACUAUGCUUACCACAAACAGACCAUGGCAGAGGCGGAUCGAGUAAGGAAGGCGUACUUCACGCGGCUGAACAAUGCGUACUUGGAGCAGAUGACCGCCUGCUGGUAUGCCAUGGGGAACUACCUCUGUCCGGGCGGACCGCCGCGGAAGACCUUCUACGCCUACAUGGCCUCCAAUCACAAGGAUCUGUUGCGGGUCAAGCCCUGGAACGGGGAGCACAUAGACCGCCGGAAAUUUGGCGAUAAGAAAAACAAAUAAAUCUUUAUUCCCCGGCUCGGGCUUCAUU